AUGACAUCACCGUACGCCAAAGAGCUCGAGGUGGCCCAGCUCGCCGUGCAGCGGGCGGCGCUGCUGACGAAGCGCGUGUUUCACGAAAAGGCCAAGGGCACCGUGUCCAAGGACGACAAGUCGCCCGUGACGGUCGGCGACUUUGGCGCGCAGGCCCUCAUCAUCAGCGCGCUGCAGGCCAACUUCCCGGCCGACGAGAUCGUGGCCGAGGAGGAGUCGGCGCAGCUGCGCGCGGACCCAUCCCUGCGCGACCAGAUCUGGGAGCACGUCCGCAGCACGCGGCUCGACGACGCGGCUUCCGAGGAAGCCGUGCUGGGCGGCGCCGUCAAGGACGCCGAGGCCAUGCUCGACCUCAUCGGCCAGGGCAACAGCCAGGGCGGCGCGCGCGGCCGGAUAUGGGCCAUCGACCCCAUCGACGGCACCAAGGGCUUCCUGCGCGGCGGCCAGUACGCCGUGUGCCUGGCGUUGAUGGUGGAUGGGGACGUAAAGGUCGGCGUGCUCGGCUGUCCGAACCUGCCGGUCAACGACUCGGCGGCGCUGACAGCCGACAUUGGCGCGAACCAGACCGACGACGAGGGGCGCGGCGUCAUCUUCUCGGCCGUCAUCGGCCAGGGCGCGACCAGCAGGCCGCUCGGCUCCGGAGCGCUGGCCAAGGGCCAGAAGAUAUCCAUGAAGCCCAUCACCGACUUGUCUAGCGCGAGCUUCUGCGAGAGCGUCGAGGCCGGCCACUCGAACCAGUCCGAGUCUGCCCAGAUCGCGCAGAAGCUGGGAAUUACCAAGCCGAGCGUGCGGAUGGACUCCCAGGCCAAGUACGGCUCCAUCGCUCGCGGGGCGGGCGACAUCUACCUCCGCCUCCCGACCUCCAAGACGUACCAGGAGAAGAUUUGGGACCACGCCGCUGGCGACUUGAUAGUGCGGGAGGCGGGCGGUCAGGUUACCGACACCACUGGCAGCCGGUUGGACUUUAGCGUUGGCAGGACACUGGCAAGUAACAGGGGUGUGAUUGCAGCGCCUGCGGCCAUUCACAGCCAGGUCAUCAAGGUGGUGCAAGAGGUUCUUGGGCAGAAGUGA